GGACCUCCCAAAUUAAAACAGAAAAAGAAACCAUUUCCUCCUGCUCUUGGUCGCUUUGCUGGCGCAGCCGGGCCAGCUCCGGACCUCCAUCAGAGAAAGGAAUGGCCAUGCUUGUCCGUGCUCCAAACUCUACCCUCCCCACAGGCGAUCACCCCCAGAAAUCCGGCGUGCUCCUCCGGCGUCCAAAGCUCCACUCUGCUCGCCGUUUCCAACUGCACGCGCAGAAGCGAGCCUCCCCGGGCGCGGGCAGCGAGACGCCCUCCCGCUCGGAGAACGCGGUCCUCAAGGCCGCGUGGUACGGCUCCGAGCUCCUCGGCAUCGCCGCGUCGUUCUUCCGGCCGUCGCAGCCGCCCACGGUGGCGGAGGCCGGAGCCGCAGGAGAAGGCGUUUCGGAGCCUCGGGGCCGCGCGCAGGUCGCCGAGGCCAUCAAGGACGACUUCGAGCGCUCGUACUUCGUCACAGGGAAUCUCACGCUCACAGCUUAUGAAGACGACUGCGAGUUCGCCGAUCCUGCAGGUUCGUUCAGGGGCCUGCAGCGCUUCAAGCGAAACUGCACAAACUUCGGCUCUCUGUUGGAAAAAUCUAACAUGAAGCUCACCAAAUGGGAGGAUUUGGAGGACAAAUCAAUUGGACACUGGCGUUUCAGCUGCAUCAUGUCGUUCCCCUGGAGGCCUAUCCUGUCCGCCACCGGAUACACGGAAUACUUUUUCGAUGCUGGCUCGGGGAAGGUGUGCAGGCAUGUCGAGCAUUGGAACGUCCCCAAGAUGGCACUCCUGAGACAGAUUUUCAGGCCGAGCAGAUGGGUGUGGGAGAAACGCUCCGACUAGGAGGUGAAUGUAGCAUCGGUAUUCAUCGUGAACUGUUAGGAGGUUAAGUGCAUGAAUUAGUACUAGUAACUCGAUGGCAUGACAGGUUAAGGUUGCUCACUCUUGUAGAUACUUUUACUACAAAUCCAUGGGGGUUAUACUUGUAUUCACAUAAUCUAUGGGGGUUAAACCCGAUUGGAACAUCUCGAUACUGUGAUUAGGAUGGAACUUCGUUCGAUUGUCGGUCCUAAUGUUAACAUUGCCAACCAAAUUAGCGAUAGUAUAUCUGUAAUCGUUUAUCGAUUGGACUGUGGACUGUCGAGUCUGGACUCCGCAGAAUCUAUGCAGUUCCCUUGCGCAA